UGUGGGGGUAAUGCAUGUUUGUUUUGUUAACGCUUUAAUCAGGUUGAAACGCCCCCUUAAUGGACAAGAGAGUUGGUUUAGAAGAGGGAUUUGUUUUAGCCAAGUCUUGUUGCUAGCUUUGGUUAGAAAUAAGCUUGUUACAAAUACUUACGCAUAUGUUUCUAUAUUUGCUAAUUGAAAAAUGAGUGUCUACGGCCCGUCAGUCAAGUCUGCUUGCUUGUCCAGGCCAGCGAGCCUGGACAGGCAAGCAGGGCACAGUGAACACAUGUAAGGACAAUACCAUGAGGUCUGGCUAACAUAGACGGCUGAUGAGAUAACCCUGACACGGUAUCUAUAACACUCAUUCUAGACAAUACUUGGUCAAAAUGUGUCAUUCAUACAGUGGUUCUAACCGAUAAUGUUGAGGUACAUGCAACUUAUUUUACGUUAGAUUAACUGCUUAAAGGUGCACUCAUUUGUUGGUUUGACCACUAGAUGGCAGAUAGUAAAUGGACAGUAGUUUCGUAACUAGAGCCGUGGCCCUUUGCGCCAGUGUCCUUCUGCAUUGUCCUUAUUCACAGUUCUUCAACGUGUGAGAGAAAUGUUUGCUACUCACAAUGAAAAGUCCAAACAACGAUAGUUAAAGAUAGUGCUUCUCGUAAGAGGUAAUCACACAGCCUUUAAGAGUGAAAAGUAAAUAAUUUGGGCACUGUAGUCUACUUGAGUAUCCAAAGUAUAAUGGGUGAUGGAGUGGUGAUGGACAGGGUCAACAGGGGGUGGAUGGAGAUGGAAGGGAGAUGGAUAAACCUUCUCUUACCUUGUGUUGGUCUGUCCGUGCUUGAGUUUGGCUUUGCGUUGCAUGUAAAAACCUUGCGACAUUUUUUUACACUUUUUUUUUACAACCACAUCACAAAUACUUAAUGCAUUCUUGCAUUCACUUGACCCCGACAGCUGUUACGACAGACAUUUACGCAAUGACUUGUGCACGGGUGGAGUUAGGUAACCGGACUCAGACACCAUGUAUUCAUUCACCGGAAGUAACAAGCAGGCUGAUUUUUUAGAAGCAUCAGCAAAAGGAAAAGUGGAAGAAUCAGGCUUUCUGGGGGGAGUUUCACAUCAGGUUUGUGUGUGAGGAAGUGAGAAGCUACGUGCAGACUUCCUCCAGACUUCCAGAGACAUGUAUGCUCUUUUGUGAAUCACUUCUUGUGUUGACGCUGAAGGCAUGCCGAGACUUCCUGGACCUCGCAGAGACUCACAGCCGGCGAUGGCAGCGGGCGCUGCAGUAUGAGCGGGAGCAGCGCAGCCACCUGGAGCAGACCAUAGAGCAGCUGGCCAAGCAGCACAACAGCCUGGAGAGGGCCUGGAGGGAGGCCCCCGCCCACACCGCCAAGGCAGCCAGCGCCCCCACGCCCAGCACAGAGCGGAGCGGGAGGGGUCCGAAGGAGGAGGCCAGUGACGAAGAUGAGGAUACAGAGUUCUUCGAUGCCAUGGAGGAUUCGCCUGCCUUCAUCACAGUGAGGGCCAGCGAGGCGCCACAGCACAGGCGUUCUCAGAGCAGCCUGAGUGCAGCGAGUGGAAGCCAGCCUAACGACUGGAGCCAGGAAGACCAUGGGGGUCCAGGCCCCAGUGAGGCGUCAGGGCGGGACCAGGGGGCGCUGCGGACCAGACGCUCCCACAUCACCCAGAAGCCCAACUACUCCCUGAACCUCUGGAGCAUCAUGAAGAACUGCAUCGGCAAGGAGCUCUCCAAGAUCCCCAUGCCUGUGAACUUCAACGAGCCGCUGUCGAUGCUGCAGCGGUUGACGGAGGACCUGGAGUACCACGAGCUGCUGGACCGCGCCGCGCGCUGCGACUCGUCCCUGGAGCAGAUGUGCCUGGUGGCCGCCUUCUCGGUGUCGUCCUACUCCACCACCGUGCACCGCACCGCCAAGCCCUUCAACCCCCUGCUGGGGGAGACCUACGAGCUGGACCGCUCCGAGGAGUACGGCUACCGCUCGCUGUGUGAGCAGGUGAGCCAUCACCCGCCUGCCGCCGCCCACCACGUGAUCUCCCAGCGGGGCUGGACCCUGUGGCAGGAGAUCACCAUCGCCAGCAAGUUCCGCGGGAAAUACCUCUCCAUCAUGCCCCUCGGCGCCAUCCACCUCCAUUUCCACUCCAGCGGAAACCAUUAUGUGUGGAGGAAGGUGACGUCCACCGUGCACAACAUCAUCGUUGGGAAGCUCUGGAUCGACCAGUCUGGGGACAUUGAGAUAGUUAAUCACAAGACCAAGGAGGUGUGUCAGCUUAAGUUCUCUCCAUACAGCUAUUUCUCCAGGGACCUCCCCCGCAAGGUUACGGGGGUGGUUGCCCAGGGCGACGGCCAGGCCCACUACAUCCUGUCAGGGACGUGGGACGAGAAGAUCGAGAGUGCCAAGAUCGUCCAGAGCAGCCGGAGGGGCAGCAGCACGGAGGGCAAGCAGAAGACCGUGUACCAGACACUGUCCCCCAAGCUGCUGUGGAAGAAGUACCCUCUACCGGAGAACGCGGAGAACAUGUACUUCUUCUCGUCCCUGGCGCUUACACUGAACGAGGCGGAGGAGGGCGUGGGCGCCACGGACAGCCGGCUGCGGCCGGACCAGCGGCUUAUGGAGGAGGGGCGCUGGGACGAGGCCAACUCGGAGAAGCAGCGGCUGGAGGAGAAGCAGAGGGCUGUGAGGAGGAGGAGGGAGGCGGAGGCCACCGACGCCUACGAUGAAGGCAAAGAGUUCGAGGGCUACCAGCCACUGUGGUUCCACCAGCGAAGGGACUCCAUCACCGGGGAGACCAACUUUGUGUACAAGGGAGGCUACUGGGAGGCCAAGGAGAGGCAGGACUGGAGCAUGUGUACCGAGAUAUUCUAACCUGAGCUCAGCGGACCAGGAGGAGAGCUCCUGGCAGGAGGAGGAGGGCGGCUCCAGACAGCAGGAACCCUCUGUGUCUCUCUUCUUUUUAUAAAGCAUGAGAAUGUGCGUUGCACCGUCUCAGAAUACAAUUUAUUGUACCUACUAAUGCACAGUAUCAGGCAGUUUGACAGGCCGGUGUUACGAGAAAGGGUCAUUCCUUCAGUACCCCCCCCUUAAGGCUUAAGAACACGGUGAAAAGGAUGUUGCAGUCGUAAGGAACCAAACAACAAAACAUCAGGUGCUCCUCACUGCUACCCACAAUGCACUUUGACCCACUGUUCAUUUGAAGCAGUCCUCCUGGUCUGCAGCUCUUUCUCUGAUGGAUGGCCGCCCACACGGACUCAGACGGCAUGGCUCAGUGGAGACACACAGGACGUCCCUGAUCAGUGUUUAAAGGUUUCCCUAAGGAGGUUAAAAAAAAAAAAGUGUCUUGAUAUAUUUGAUUUUGAUUUCAUUUAGCACAAAGUAGAUUAUGCUGUGCAUAGAUUACAAAACUUGAAGCCUUUUACCCUCUUCUCCCUCUGGUGAAUGACGUGCUUUAGGUUGGUCUCUGGUCAUGUGAUGAGGAGAUGUGUGAGAAAGCAGUGUCAGUCUUCCUCAUUAGCUUCUAAUGACCCCUCAGCUCUGUGGAUGAACCAGGACCUCAGUCGACCUGCUGGGGGAUCGUUCAUCUAACGCUCCAUGUGUUCAAGUAUUGGGACGCAUGGGCGAAUAGAAUCUGGUAAUCAGCCACAUUCAUACUUUAGGUCAGAAGUUACAUGGCUUCUAUUUCAUGUAAUAAAUCCAUGAUUGAGUUGCAAUGUUUGUACACCAACAUUUAGCUGGCCAUGUGGUGAUCUUCAAAGGGUUUGGCCUAGGGUCUCUAGAAGAGUACAGGUUAGAUAUCAAUAAUACAGAGGACUGAUCUUUUGGCAGCUGAGGCUCCACAUGACCUGGUGGAUGAUGACGGGACUCUUCAGUUCUCCUGUCCAGCGGUGCUCUCCAUCCCAGUAGCAUGACCCCCUCCAGCAUCCCCUGUCUCCAUGAUCCUGUAACAGAGCGACUCAACAGGCCACUCGAUCACGUCGUGCUAUACACUGAGAGACGGGCUAUAUCUCAUACAAGACCAACGGUUAUAUGACGCUAGAACCGUCAGGGGGGGUUUUAGUUAUUAAUUAAUACGAUAAUUCAACUUGAAUGUUGUCUUCUCCUGCCCUCAGAGGUUUGGUUCCAGUAACAUGAGUCUGGUAUUAUUAGACGGUUCUGUAGUAGAAGUAGCUCAUAUCAACUUAUGUGUUGCAUAUCGUGCAGCUCUCUGAAGUCUCAAAGCAAUAGUGUCCGUCUGCCUCCAUGCUCUAAAGCGUCCAUCAGGACGGGGCUGAGGGGCACGGUUCAGACGCUUCUGAAGUGAGCAGAUCUCUUGACAGACGGGGCCGGUUCCUGCCAGUCGCACCGAGGGCAUCACGUUGAACCGAUGUGGGACAAAAUGAUCUGUGAUCAGCCCAGUCAACAGUGUUGAGUGUUUUGCCUUUGACUCACUAAAGAAGGGAAACGCUCCCUUGGUCUGACUGUGGACUUCAUGUCUAAAGGAGAGCAGUCUAAAAGAGGUGGUCUGUUUUGUAAUUACUUCUAGGAAAGUAAGAAACAGGACUGGGUUAGGGUUAA